CGUAGAAAAGAAUGUGGGUGUUUACAUCUGGGCGCGCUGGGAGGAUUCCGUGGAGGAGAGGCGUUUGGGUUGGGAUGCCCUUACUUACACUACAGCAGUUUGUAUUUUUAUCACCACUACGAGGGCGUACAUGAGAUACACGGCGUGCAGCUGACGCGCCCCCGCCAGCCAUGGACGUGGACCCGCUGUGCAUCAUUAUAGUGAAGAACGGCAGCAGGGGAGACAGGCUGCUGUUCCGAUACCCAUACUCUGACGAGGUGACGCUGGAGACUAAGAUAAAAGUCAGCAGGUGAGGUGGACUUUACAUGGGGGUGUCAGUCAACAAGCGGCCAACACCAUACUCCCUGAUCACUGAGGAGAACAUUCAGACUCCUCCCGAGCCACACACUUCAAAUAUUUCCAAUGGCAAACUUGUUGGCUUUCAUGACAAGACCUUGUCAAACCUCUUUGCUGUUAAGAGUGAACUAAGUGACAGCAAGUUUGAGCUUAAGGUGAAUGAUGUGAGGUUUGUGGGUCACCCACUGCGCCUCAACCCAACUUUAGUCCGAGUCCCAACUCAGGGCAAGAGGAAGCCCUCCACUAUCAUUCUUGUCAACAUUGUCUUUGCUCUAAAGGCAACUAUUAACCAUGAUGUUGUCAAUUGCUACCAUGACCUCAGUAAACGGCUGGGCAUUGCUCUACGCCAUGAAGAAUAUCGUUGUCAGUUCCUGUCUUCUCAAGCCAAGAUAAUGCUUGCAGCUCAUGAUGAGGCUACUCAGCUCCCAGAAGAUGGUCAAGUCUCUCCCUUCCAGCUUAUCCUGGAUCGCAGUCUUCUGGCCCAACACCUCAAGCAAGCCUAUGAUGAGUUAUGUGGUUCAGGUAUUGUUCAGCUCCGACUUAACAACUGGAUUGAAGUUAGUUUCUGUUUGCCACAGAAAGUGCACCGCAGCUUAGCAACAGGACUGCCAGUUGAUUGUGAGGGUCUACUGAAGGGACUGAAAGCCUUGAAGCCAUACCACACCUUCCUGCUGUUGGUUGAACGUGCAGAGCUGCUGCAUUCCCUCUCCCCUGAUGCUUCCCCAGCCCUGUGGAGACUCCUGCAUGUAGAGGAGUCCCAUCUCACACCAUUCUUUACAUUGGCAGCAGAUGCUGACCUGACCCUCACUCAGGUCUUCAUGUUGGUGGGUCACCUGGUGUACUGGGGCAAGGCAACCAUUAUCUACCCAGUGUGCAGUACAAAUGUGUAUGUGCUUUCUCCUCAUGCACCAACUGUUAUAAACAGCCAGUUGGCUGAUACCUUCCGUGACGAGUUCCCAGGAGCUUCACUUCACGUCAUGUUAGCAGAUUUUUCCCUCCCAACAUCAUUGAGUGACAAAUGCCAUCCUAUAAAUUCACCUAUUCAGCAGCAAGAGCAAGUGCAGCAAAUACUGUGGCUGCUAAAGCAUGGUUUGCUGCAGCAGCUGCACACCUAUGUUUACUUAGCACCCACCCUCACAUUGGACACUGACAACUCAAGAGGAAGCAGCCGAGAGAUUGGCGGGACAGGACCUCUGGGGAGUCAUGGCACCAGCUCCCCAGCCAGCACCAGCAUCCCCACCCCAACAGUGCAUGAGCCUCCACCCCUCUCUCAGGAACCUACCUCACUGACCUCCCAGCAGCCGCCUGGCCACCACCCUGACAUAACUCAAGACGCCCUCCACCGGGCAGCAGUGCAGCUCAGCCAUCCUGCCUCAGAGAGUGACCUGGGCUCAGUUUGCAGUGAUGAGAGGAGUCCCAGUCCUGGUGUGACCCUCGGCACUACUCCAGAGCUCUCAGUCCACCACCAGCUAGACUCUUUGUUGUCUCUAGCAGAGAAGGAAAUGGUGAUGAAGGUGGAGGCAGCACAAAAUCCAGAAGACCUUAAGCUGUUUGCUAAACUGUGUGUGUACUUCCGAGGGCACCACCACCUAGAGGAGAUAAUGUACCGGGCCAAUCUGCGGCGCUCCACGCUGCUGCACCUCAUUGAAAAGUUCCGGCCAGUACUGAUCACCUGCCAGCACCCUGAUGACUCCAUCACCCUCUUCUCCUACACCAAGUGAUACUGACAAUCAUUAAUGUUCACUCUAUUACAAACACAUCUCAUCAGUCACAAAAUCUACUCCCUAAUACCCUUUAUUUUUCACCUUUCCUUUUGUUGUCUUAUAUCUGAUAUUUCCAAGGUAUUUGUUGGUAAAGUGCAGUUUUUUUAAAUGAACUCCCAACCAUUACAGAUUCAGUUAAGAAAAAAUCCUGAAUGCAUACUAAAUACAAUUAUUUGAAAAAAAAAUUAACAAAUUAAGUAAAUGACAAGUAGCAAUUACAACAAUAGAUUAGCCAUCAAAUAAUUAUGGUUUAUGAUAUGAAUGCUCAUGAUAUUGAUAAAUAAUCCUUAAUAGUUACCUGGACAGCAGUGACCCAACAGCCACAGUUCAGUCCCACAGUGCCGCUUUUCAUUACACUGAGCUUUCUUCAGUCAAGAUUUGCUGUUCUCCAUGUCCACAAGAAGUGAUGUCAGGUCUGGUUUCAUAAAGAUGCCCAGACCAGCAAUUGUUACAAGAGGAGCCCACCUAUUUUAGCACACUGAAAGAUGGCUGUCAUCAAUUAAGCCAAAUGUUUCCAGUCUUGUUAUAAAUUUUAUCACCAAAACAUGUAUGGUGUACUUUAUAGGAUCCAAAGUAACUUUCAGAACAGGGUACUUGAAGCUGCAAAGAAAGCAGGUGAUACUAACUUAUCUAUGCUACAAAUGACUAUACCCUUUGGUAUACAUAUAUGUAGGCCUCUUCUUUUUUGUUGUUUUUAUGCUGUUUAUUAGUUGACGAUAUGUUUGCCAUAUUGUUAUAUUAUUGUGUGCUGUGUUUUUAUAUUUUACCAAAGAAAAGUAUCGUUAUACUUUACUGAAAUGUUUGGAGCUGGACUCGCCUCUUAGUGCAAAUAUGUGCACUGUAUUUCAUAGAGAAAUUAUGCAAUGCUUUUGCAUUUAUCAGUGAUUGCUGCUAUAUACAUGGAGUGUAUCACUUGUAAAAGUGAGGACUCUGUUGUAUGCUGUAUUUGUUUAUCUACAAUAGAUAUUUAUAUUAAUGUAUGUAUAUUUGUAAACUUGGAAUAUAAAUAUAUUUAUUAUCAAUGAAA